CCCGCCCCUGCCCCGGCAGCGGGAGGUUGAACCGUGUGAGGGGAGCGAGGGGGGCUCUGCCCGGCUCCUUCCUCCUUCACCCGGGUUCUGGGGGGUUUGUGCUCCCCGAGGGGCCUCCCCGCUCUCCUCAGCCCUGCGGGUCGGUGCUGUGGCUGCGUUUUUGGGGUGCGACACCUCAGAACGAGCUUCACGGGUCUGUGGCCCUGCUUGUGGGCUGCCCAGCCUUCGUCCUGCUUUUCUGCGAGUGGAAAACUAGCAAGGCAAAAGCUGUAUUGAGUGUUUAUAGAAUCUUUUGUUGUUGAGAAAGUAAAAGGAAUGAGUGCCGUUAUAUAACGUAGCUAUAAGCAGGAAAACUGAGGACGUAGUCACAGGCGUACCCAAAGUGCCAAAGUCAAAGACUGCUGUUCAUCUCGAGAUGGAAGAGUCAGUGCUGGAUAAAUUGCCAUCUUUCUGCAAUACUCCCAAGGAUUCUGGGGCAGCACCUCCACAGGGGACUAGUUCAGGGAAACAGCAAAUGAGUGCAGCUCUGAGGGAACGAUUAAGGAAAACAAGACGUUCAUUUAAUGCCAAUUUUACAGUGGCAAAGAGGCUCAAAAUAGACACCGAAGAAAAAGACUCUGCUGGUGCUGACACAGGGUGCUUGCCAGAGACAAGUACAGACUGUUCCACAUUACGGGAUGGUUCUGAAAAUCUGGAAGGAAAUAGCACUGGACAUACAUGUUUCAAAAGUCCCUUACAGGAGAGUGAUCCGUGUGGAUCAGCAGAGAAUUUGGGUGUGCUACAGGUUGAUCUUGGUCAGCAACAGUCCCUGGAAGAAAAAGUAAAGCUGGUGAAACAAGUGCAGGAGAAGGAAGAGCUACUUCGUAGGCUGAAACUGGUGAAGAUGUAUCGAUCCAAGAACAACCUGUCUGAGCUGCAGGCUUUGAUAACGAAGUGGAGAAGUAGCACCCAGAUGAUGCUGUAUGAACUGCAGUCGGCCUUUUCUGCAGAUGGCAAGAAAGUGAGUCUCACUCAGCUCAUUGAUACUUUUGGGUUAGAAGACCAGUUACUGCACUACAGCAGAACAGAAGAAGAUUUUGUAGAUGCAUAAUCUGCAGCUGCAGAGUUUUCUUUACGCAGACACAAAAGCAGGAAAGACUGAAUAAAUUCUGAUCAUGUCAGAAGUGCUGGUCAGACAGUGGACUUUAUGCUUUGGGGUUAGGAGGUUUUCUCCAGAGAUACUUGUAAAGCUUUGUACAUACAUACAGUAGGCACUGUAAAAGGCAUUACUUAAUGGAAAAAAAUCAAACUGGUGAUGUUUUGGAGAACCUGGCUUAAUGACUUGGUCAGUGAAUUUUUAUUUAAGAAAAAUAAAAUUAAGUCAUACUUUAACAGGUAGAAAGCAGUCCAUUUUUUGAUUAGUCUCUGCAUGGUUACUUGUAUUGAUGUCAAUUCUGUUCAUGUUCAGAUGGGGAAGAGUUCAGUUUGUAGAUACCUCCAUUUUACGAAUGUCUUCCUGGUGCCAGUCAGCCAAUGAAGGCUAAUGACAGCAUUUUGUGAGUUAAGUAAAGGUAACUAAUUUUCAUGAUGUUAAUACACCAAAGCUGAGAUAAGAUGUUCUCACUAGCUGUAACUUUUACUGAAGGAAAUGUGCCAUAAUGCAGUUGCUUUCAGGUACUUGUCCAGACAGUCUCUUCAGGGCUGCCGUCUCAUAAACAUUCUGCCACAGCCUGAGGUAAUACAAAGGGAGGCAAGAAAAUUGAAACCAACUUUCUACUCUCAUACUAUACCGAGGUGUUUUCUCUCUUCAAAUAAAUAAGAAAAACAAGGCCUUAUUAAAUGGGAUUGCUUCAAACACAGCAUCUUAAAGCUGAAUAAAUCUUUAUAAUUUCAUUUCUGCUCCAAUAAAUGCCUUUUUUAAAAGUUAUUUUUUU